UGUAAAUUUUUCCAGAAAGCGUCCCAUCUUAACAAUACUCACUCUAUUAGUGUUGUCUGGUUUGGUGCAUGAGGAGCAUACACAGGAGUAUACCUGGGUGAUGGGUUUACUAAAGGGCUAUGGUGUAGCUAUCUCUAUUGGGGUAAAAGUUUCUUUUGCUCGCUCAGUAAUUUUUACUACGCACUCUAUCUGCGCGCUUUCCCUUGCAUUUGUUAGAGAGAUAACGUGGAACUGGGUAUGUCAAUUGAAUCAUGGGGGCAGAUAGAGGGGGCGGGGCACAACAGGAAAGAGAUUCUGGGUAGCAACGAGAGCAAGAACGAGAGAGGCAAAGGAGGGAAAGAGCAAGCGAACCGGAGAGAGUACUGCUAUUUUCUGUGAGAACAGGCUACCCUUUCUGCUCAGGUCUAUGUAGUCGUUUGUAAAUACGUCUUGACAAAAAACUGUUCCAGUAUAUAAAAUUAAUGAAGAUAUUUUUAAAACCAGUGUCCAGAAGAAAAGGACAAUUUAAUGGAUAUGUUGGACAGAUCUUUAGGGCCGUGCCUCUGGAAUACGCCAUUUAAGAGUAAACGGCCAAAAGUCGAUUUAUAGAUCGAGGUUUUAUUUAAUAAAAUCACAGAAAAUAUUUUCUACCGCCAGGGAUUCGCAACGCAGAGCAACUCGUCUGGCUUUCUCCGAGACCCAGUUGGAGCUUCGUCUGCUUACAUCCCAGAGAUGGCGGAUGCGGAGGAGGUUUUUGGACUUUUAAGUACGCCGAGUGACUCGGAUUCAAAGGAAUUAAAUGAUGAAGGUGGACAGGAGAAUCGGAUACAAACUUCUUGCAAGUCACCGUCAGCAAAGACGUCGUACAUUCAACAGGGCAUGGAAGGGAUUAAAGUUCACUUGCACGAAAGAGAGCUAUGGACAAAAUUUCACGAAGUUGGCACUGAAAUGAUUAUCACCAAAGCUGGGAGGCGGAUGUUUCCAAGUUACAAAGUCAAGGUUACUGGAUUAAAUCCCAAAACGAAAUACAUUCUCUUGAUGGAUGCAGUACCUGCAGACGACCACCGGUACAAGUUUGCUGACAACAAAUGGUCAGUGACAGGGAAGGCAGAGCCCGCCAUGCCUGGGAGACUUUACGUACACCCAGAUUCACCAGCAGCGGGUGCCCAUUGGAUGCGCCAACUCGUCUCUUUUCAGAAGCUGAAACUGACAAACAACCACCUUGACCCUUUUGGGCAUAUUAUCUUAAAUUCCAUGCACAAAUACCAGCCGAGAAUACACAUUGUGAAAGCGGAUGAAAAUAAUGGAUUUGGCUCCAAAAACACAGCCUUCUGUACACACGUGUUUCCCGAGACGUCUUUCAUUGCUGUCACAUCGUACCAGAAUCAUAAGAUCACCCAGCUCAAGAUCGAAAACAACCCCUUCGCUAAGGGCUUCCGGGGGAGUGAUGACAUGGAGCUGCACCGGAUAUCCAAAAUCCCAAGCAAUAAGGAGUAUCCAAGGGUUCCACAGACUACAAUACACCAGAGGCUGGCGCCCAGUACAAUCCCCUUCAACACAGAAGCACGGGGUCCAUCUUCAGCAGGUGGACUGAGUGUAUCCCAGUAUCCAUGUGAAAAGAUUAAAAAUGGCCCACCGGACCUCCUACCCCCCUCCUAUGUUGUACCACACAAUCACUACCAGGACUACCACUGCACAAGAAGAAAAGUGGACGGGGAAUGUCAUACAGGAGAUCACCUGUAUAAGAAGUCAUAUAUCGAGAGCAUCGCCAGUGAGGAUGAGCACUACUAUCGACCAGCCAGCUAUUCUCAGUCCUUGGCCUUGGCCAGCAGCCCCUACAGGGCAGAGUCCACCCAACGGCAGGCCUGCAUGUAUGCCAGCACCUCCCAGGCAAUGGAGCCCUUGACCAACCUGGAGGACAUCAGCUGUAGCACCUGGACCAGCAUGUCACCUUAUGGCAGCUGCACAGUGGCUGCCGUGCCCUCUGUGGAGCGACGACCCUACCAGCACUUCUCUGCCCACUUCACUUCGGGGUCCCUAGUGCCCAGACUAAGUGGGACAUCUGGCCAUACCUCACCUCAACUUCACAGGGACACCCACACUGUGUACCCUAACCCAGUGGCUCACCAGCCCCCGCCCCGUCAAUGUGGGUCAAAUGUGUCUACCAGCAGCCCUGAGUAUUUGUACGACCAUGCCAUGCCCCGUGCCCUGUCCCCACACCAUUACCAUGCAGUUCCCACCGUGAGCAUCAUGUCUGAGUGGAGUGAGGGCAGCUAGCUACACGAUGGCUUUUGCAUGUUAGAAGUGAACUUCAGCCAUGACAACGGGAGUGCAGAUAGACAUGCAUGCGACAGAUCAAGACACCAAGGUCAAUGGAGAACGGAAUCUCCCCAGAUUGAUAAAUAUUUUUCCAAGCAGUUUGUUUUUGCACAUUUUUAUGAAUUGUGUUUUUAGGUGUUGCAUGUAUGCAGUUAGUUUCAAAUGAUUACUAUAUAAAACAAAAUACUUUCAAAGUCUAAAAUUAAACCAGUACAGUUUUCAUCAGCUCUGAAAAUUCAUGUUUACUCCUUUAUCUACAAUUUAAAAAUAGUAAUAAGGUUGUCACUGGAAAAACAUUACUGACACAUUGAACUUUUAAGUUUUUAUGAAUGUUCAAAAUUCCUUUCAUGUUAUUCUUGCUUGAUUAAGACCGGCCUGAAAUGACCUCUUCCCUAAAACUAUAGUGCACAGGUACAAGCAGCUCACGCUUUCCUUGUAAUCAUACAGCCCUCAUUCUUUCUGAUUUACAGGUCGGCCCUUUGGUUCAUAACCCUUCUAUGUUGCAUGUCCCCUUUAAUUAACAUGUUUUUUUAUUUUUAAGAUGUAUAAAACAUACAUGGGUAUGUGGCAGGUCUCAGUGACAUGAGAUUAAGUUCAGUUUUUUGGUCACAGCCCUCUAUCCAUCUAUGAGAUCAUGUUUGAUGAUCCUCCUUCUAACUCCUUAAAAUAGUCAGGGUCACACUAGGGCCUGGAGCCUAUCCCAAGCUACAAGGCCUGUAUGAGGAAACUGCUAUGACAUAAAGAGAACAUGCAAACACCACGCAGAUUUGAAAUGGGAGUCAAACUCCUAAUCCUGGACAUAUAAAGCAACAGUGCAACCCACUGAGCCACUAUGCAGUUGUCAAAAUACAAGAAACAGAACCAUAUAAGAAAUUCAUCCUGCUUUUCAUUAUCUUAUGAGCUGCUACAUACAGAAGCUGUUAUACCUACAAAUCAAAAUAUCCUGUCAAGAGCACUGCUAGUAAAGGGGAAAAAAAAGUUACUUAAUGGGGUCAGAGACAUGCCUGAUGAUUCAAGGUGGCUCAUUUCAAGGUUUAUAGUGCUGCACUGUAUUUUGUUUCUGCAUCAUCACGAUGUGCGCAUGUGCAAUAAUCACAUCGCAGGAUGUGCCAGGUCAAGUAAGGCAAAUGAAAACAAACUACAACUUUUUUGCUGCUUGAUACAAAAGGAAAACUCACAUGCUUCUCCUUUUCCAUGACUAAUCUACAACCGAAAUCUGUCUGAUAUAACAAUUUACUCAGAUUUAAGGAUUUUUGAAUGCACAGAGUUUGUAGCUAGUGAGUGAGAUGCAGGCUCUGCAUGCACAGCAAACCACCAAUCGCAGCUAGGGCGAGGUGAUGCGCGAUAUUAAUACUGGCUUGAUGUAUUAGUGUCACUAAAACAUUUCAGUUUCACUAAAACAUUUUUCUUCUCUCAUAGGAAACAAAAUUUAACAAGCUUUGCAAUUUUAAUGAUUAUUCCUUUUCGAGAUUAUCAAGUAUAAUGUCAUUUUUUUCGUAUACCAAAGAACAUGUGGACAUCUUCUGUUAAACCAACGAUAAUGUUUACUAAAAGUACUCCUGUCAAUGACAUAUAUAUAUAUAUAUA